UUCCACUCGUGGUUUUCAAAGUUUGUAGUCACAAUUUUAUUUGAAAAAAAAGCUAAAAAAGAACGAUUUUGUUGAUGUUGAAAGCCGUGUGUUGACAACGGUAAAUGUAAGAUUUAAGUGUUAAGAGAUCUAAUUUUUCUUUUGCUUAGAAGAAGACGAAGAAGAAAAUUAAGAAGAGAAAUUGUGUGAGUUUAUGUGCGUAUAUUUUGAAUAUUGUUAAAUUGCGGAAAAACACAAAGCAAAACAAAUAGAAAACAUGGCAGAUAAAUAUGAUUUAUCAAAAUUUCGAUUGGAACGCAUUUUAAAUAACAACAGCGAAACAAAAACCAUCUGUAUCUUGGGCACAUUCCCGUCCGAAUUAGCGGCUGACACAAGGUAUCCAGCUAUUGUUGUACUCGAAAAAACUGCGUUCACCGACUAUAAUGUUAACACGGCAAUCAAUGAUGAUGGUGAUGAUGAUGAUGAGAACCAAUGCAAAUCAUACUUUAGUCAUGAGCAGGGACUGUCGCGAGAUAUUUAUAGUGUAAAGUUGAACAUAAUUUCCCCAUGCACGGAGACACACAUUCAAAAGUAUUCAUCGCAAGAAAUCUUUAUCAUGUUGGAAACACCGUAUCUGUAUAAAACCGUCACUGAAUCACGAUUACAGCUCGAAUCUGAACUAUUCACCUUGGAUUGGGUCUACAAUAUCCUCGAGCAUAAAAACGAAGCGGAUCGUAUAAUCGUCGAAGAUCCAUGCAAGACGCUUGGAUUUAUCCUAUUGCCUGAUUUUAAGUGGGAUGGAACUUUGGAAACAUUCUAUGCCAUUGCUAUUGUUCAUCAAUUAAAUUUGAAAUCGUUACGAUCAUUGGCUGCUGAACAUUUACCACUGCUUCGAAAUAUUCAGACAAAAAGUGUUACUUCUAUCAAAACAAAGUACGGCUUGGAUUCAUCACAAUUGCGUAUUUACGUACAUUAUCAACCGUCAUUUUAUCAUUUACAUGUCCAUUUUACAUAUCUAAAAUAUGAAGCGCCUGGAAUUCAUUGCGAAAGAAGUCACAUGCUCAGCACCGUGAUCAAUAACAUCGAAUUGGUAUCCGAUUACUAUCAACGUGCAACAACAAAUCGGUUGUCAUUUUUCAUCCUCGAGUAUGUCGCCGCAAAAAUAUACGGGAGGAAACGAAGUCGGCAAAUUACAAGUGAAAGUAGCUUCAAAGAUUUCAAAUUAGCAGUCAUAGGGGACGAUUUCGUACAAAAUGCAGUUAAAAGUCUCCAUUCGGGUGAAACAUCGCGGAAUAUAGUCGAGAAACUAUCACGUGCUGCAAACAUUUCGGAAUUCAUUGCUGUAUCGGAGACCCAUCGCAUGCUAAUUCAGCGUUUUCUCUACGAAUGGAACUAUGUGCCGGCCCAAGAUUCUCCAAAGCAUAUUUUAAAUGCACUCAAUGAUGAUUGUAUUCAAGAGAUUCUGCGAAAAUUGACAGAUCCAAGUGAUUUCUUAAGCGCAGCCGAAACGUGUCGUGACUUUCAAGAGAAUGCACUACAAUGCUACCCACGGAAUUUCAAAGAGUUGUCUUUGUCACUUGAAAAUAAAUCAGUUGGCCGCUACACUGCAUUCCCUUUGAAGCACGCAUCAAAUUUUCUAAAAAUCUUCGGUCAUUUGAUCCUGUAUAUGGAAUUAAUUUCUGAUUUUGAAGAUGGUACAAUAGAUAUGAUCGCUAAAAAUUGUGGCGAAACAUUAAUUUACAUGUAUAUUGAAGGCCAUGAAAAUACUAAGAGCAAUUUUAAUGACUUGUCGCAUUUCAAAACCUUAAUAGACAUUAACAUUUCUUCUAUUUCAAUGGAUAAUGUUGAAUUACCUGAAAAUUUGGAAUGCAUAAAUUUGACUGGCGUAAAGGUCCAAGCAGAUUUGCAAUGUAUCAUGAAAAAAUUCCCAAAAUUGAAAUAUGCUUAUUUUGAUAAAGUUGAUAAUCUAAAUGACGCGGCGUUCAAUGCAUUCAUCAUGCUUAAUCCACAAAUAGAAAUGCUUUUAAUUGUUGAUAUUCAAAAUCUCUCAUUUUCAGCUAUCAAUAGUAUCAGCGAUCGUUUACCAAAUCUUGUGGAUUUGAGAAUUGAUUGCCAAUUCUUGGCCACACAUGAAUACAAUGAAUUAGUGAUGCAUUUUAAACAAUUUCAACAAUUGAGACAUCUAGCAAUAGGUGUUGAAAUUGAUCUGUUCAUUCCAGCAGUUACUUCAAUCGAUUCGAUUGUUACGAACAUACCCAAAAUUGAGACGCUACGACUUGUGGGUUUUCUUAAUUUUGACCAAACUCUACCCGGUUUACUUCAAUUGGAUGAGCUCAAAUUAUUAGAUAUGUAUUGUUUUGAUUAUGUUCCUUUUAAUACAAUCCUUGAAUUAGUCAAAGCAUCACCUACAUUGAAAGAUAUUAGAUUCAACUGUUUUACGAUUAGCGUAUCAGAAAUAAUGAAUAUUUUGGAAUACAGCAAAAAUUUGAAUACGCUUGAAAUAUGGAUUAAUAAAAUGGAUAUGGUUUUAUCGGUUUACAAUUCAAUUUUGGCACUAAUUAAAGGACGUCUCGAAGUUGUUCUUCGAAUAACUGAUGGAAAUAUUGAUGAGAAUAUUUUUAAACAAAAUAUGCAACGAUUGAAAAUAACAUUGAAUGACGACUGAGCUUUCAUAGAUUGUUCGGAAAAAACAACUAAUACAGCUGUGUGACGGUGUGACAAGCCACAGGACAGCUCAGUCCUCUACAUUCAUAUUUCCGUUCCUUCCCAGGUCACUCUGUUUUAUGUCUAUUAAGAAUUCUAAAAUAUAUAAAAAUGAAAAUUUGAAUUUUUCAUCUAAUUUUAAUGAAUAAUUAUAAGUGCUAUUAUUAUUAUUUACCAUUAUCUGGUGGGCACACUAUUUGAUUCAUAUUCUAUAACAGAAUGAAAAUUGAGAUAUAGAUUAAUUAAUUUUAAUGGAAAAAAUUAAAAACGUGGAAUUUGCCUGAUCCAUUUUCAGGAUUUGAAUUUCAGAACAACAAAAAGAUGACACAAUCAAAGCAAUUCCCAACAAUGAGAUUGAACAAGACGAUAGUGAUGUCUGGCAAUGACAUCGUUGGAAGAAAUAGUAAAAAAAAGUCAGAGCUAAUUAUAACAUGUUUAUCUUUAUUUAACAACUUUGACCUUUCAAACAAAAUAUAUGAACAUGUCAUUAA